AUGGCGUCGACAUCGAGGCAUGCCUCUUCUUCCAGGCUCGACGAUGCCGAGCCCUUCCCUACCAUGGAGGUCACCUCGCUCGAACGCCCGUCCGCGGGCAAGCGACGAACCAGCUUCGGCCAAGGCGCGCCACGCAAGCCCGUGUCCCGCAGCAGGAAAGCGGUCGCCGCUGUCACGGGUGCCGUCACAACCUCUUUCCUCAUGACUCCCUUUGACGUGAUUAAAACGCGGCUGCAAACGCAGAGCAGUGCAGAGCCCCUCUUCUUCCCUUCGCAGCACCUCGCUUCGGCUGCCGCCACACCGACUUCUUCGUCCCCAGAUUUAGGAAAGGGUAAACACGUUGCCCGCGGGCAAAAAUCUGGGCUCGCUUCUGGAGGUCUGCAGGCACAUCCGGCAACCUGCUGCCAACAGACGUUCUUCACCUCGAAUCGACAACCGGAAUCCGUCCUCUGCCGCUAUGAUCCUCGACAGGCGUCCGCAGCCGCAGCUUCAACUACCUCCGCAUCUUCAGCAUCUACAUCUGCAUUCUUCACACCAGCGUCUUCCUCCAAAACGUCGACGAAUCGAUCGGCUCCGAGAUCCACCUCUUCUCGCUUUGGUCGCCACACCACGUCGUUCGCAGCAUCUUCGAAUGCUCCGCGGUCCAGCGUCCGCAUCCUUCCUUCGCCACCACCGGCACCCGUCGGCUACCUUCAUCCGACGCCUUCCGCCGUCACUGCGAACGGCUCGUCCUCGUGCGCUUGUGCGUUCCCAAACGAAACCGUCGCUGCAAGGGAGCUCAAAGCUGCAGCAGCAAAGCAGGGUCGUUUGACGGGUCUAUGGGACGGAGUUGUCAAGGUCGGCAAAGCCGAAGGCAUUCGCGGUUUGUGGCGCGGGUUGGCACCGACACUCAUGAUGACGGUGCCUGGCCAAGUCACCUACAUGUCGUGCUACGACUUCUUCCGCACACACCUGCUCGCUUCGGAAGACACAAGUCAGAUUCAACGCGCAUUCCAGGAAGGCUCGGCCGCUAACGGUCGAGAGCUUGGUCUUGCCGGCAAAACGCCCUCCUUGUCGGCAGUCACGGCUCAGUCGCUCUACGCAUCCUUGCUGGCGGGCGCGCUUGCACGCGGUAUCUCUGCUACACUCGUCACGCCGCUCGAGCUCAUCCGUACGCGUUUGCAGGCGAGUUCGCGGUCUCAAGCUUCGCUCUCGUCCAUCUUGCGCGGGUUGUGGGUCGAGAUGCGUACCACGUCGUUGCGCACCGGCGGAGGACCGUUGAUUCUGUGGCGCGGUCUGACGCCAACGUUGUGGCGAGACGUACCGUUCAGUGCGAUCUACUUUGCUGGGUACGAAGCCAGCAAGCGGUCGCUCACGGGUGGCGGGUUGGGCGAGGGCAACGCGGCAGGCUCAGGUGAAGAGUUUGGUGUGGCGUUCGUCUCCGGUGCUCUGUCCGGCUCAUUCGCUGCUGUUCUGACGCAUCCGUUUGAUGUGAUCAAGACGCGGCUGCAGACACAAGGUUCUCCGAGGGAAUCGGUUGGGAGGCUGUCCGGUUCGUUGCGGGGUCAGGCAGCGGGAUACGAGGGGAAUGUGUGGAAGGCGAUGGGUCAGAUUGUUAGGGAGGAAGGCAGCAAAGGGUUGUGGAAGGGGUUGAGCCCGAGGACGGCCAAGGUGGCGCCAGCGUGUGGCGUCAUGAUUGCUAGUUUUGAGGUCGUCGGCAGGGCGUUGGCUGAUCUCGAUAUCUGA